AUGGCGACCGAAUGCACUCAAGAAACGGUUUUGCAUUUUCUAACGGAGAGGGGAGGAAGGGUAAAGAACUCAGAACUGAUUGAGCAUUUCAGACCAAUAAUGCGAAGAGAUCCUGGGAAGAAAGCAAUUGUUAAGGAAGCUUUGAAAAGGUAUGUGGACAACGUGGCUUCUGUGAAAACAGAAAAUGGAGAGAAAUAUGUAUGUUUGAAAAAGAAGUUCAGGGGACCAGCGAAAAGCUCAGAGAAUGGGAAUGACAGCGCGUGCAGAGAACAUGCAUCACUGGGCAAUAUGUCCACAAUGGAUCAAGGGGACAGAAAUGUCAGCAAAGACUCUGAGGGUCCAGGUAUUUUAUCUCAGUCAAAUGAAUCAUGCGAAUACGAAAGUAAUACAAAAAGCGCACCGCAGAUAAGCUUUACUGCCUCUACAGAUGGGAGAGCACAGAGGGACGGCUGCUUAGAAACCACUGAAAACGAUGAGGCAAAACAAGAAAUACUGCUCGGCUCAGGUUACGGAACUGACAGCGCUGAAGGUGUGGAGCCUCAACCGGACAUUACUAAGAGUAUUUUAGAUGGAGUGACCGCGAAUUCAGGUUCGAUACAACCGGAAUCCCGAUAUUGCCAAUCGGAAAUGGGUCAAGCUAGUAGUUGUACGGCACCGAAUAGAACUCUGAAUGGUUCAGAAGAAAGUUUACAAAUACGCAAGCCACAACCAAAGGGCGAAGGUGUACCACAGAUCGCAGUAAUCGACGCGUCUCCUUCACCAAUUGAGGCUGAUGGAGCUGUUUUCAACCUUCCGCAACCAGGCUGUUCACAGAGAAGUGGUCGAGCAGUUGUUGAGGGAAAUGGAGAGCCCCGAAACAAGACAGACGAGAACACUAAAUCGUUCCAAGAUGAUAUCGGAAUUGGGAGAGGAUACCAGCACUUGAAGCGAAGAAAGCCGGGGGGAUCACAGCGCAGUUUGCAGUCCUCCACAGACGGACCCGAUGAGGUACAGUUUGACUCAGCGAGCAUGUCGGGCAGUGACAGUAACACACCAAGGGGUAGCCGAAAGAAUUUCAUCGAGCUUAUGAUGAAUAGUUCCCCACAGGUACGUCGUAGCAUGGUGUUCAGAAAUUCUAUUUACCUCUCUACCGCCAAGUGCCCUUCAGGAAAGGGUGAUAGUGAUUCAAUCUCUAUCGGAUCCUCCAACCCUGAUGACGAAAAUUCGCAAGUAGCUCUGGAUCCCCUAGAACAUGAAUGGAUGAUGUGUGCAUCAGAUGGGGAGUGGGAAAGUCUUCACCGUCUUUUGGCCAAGGAACCCAAUCUCAUAAUGAAAAAGGAUUUUGUGACGGGAUUUACCUGCCUCCACUGGGCUGCCAAAAUGGGCAAGCAAGAACUGAUUGCCCAUCUUAUGACCUUUGCCAAAGAACAUGGAGUGGACAUUAACGUCAACGCACGCUCCAGUGCUGGGUACACGGCACUCCAUUUGGCGGCUAUGCAUAACCAUGCUGAGGUCGUGAAGUUACUGGUAGGUGCUUACAACGCUGACGGUGAAGUUAGAGAUUACAGUGGCAAGAAAGCUCAUCAGUAUCUAAAAGGAAGAGCAGGGAAGGACAUUCUUGAGCUUGCUGGUGCAAGCUGUGAUUCUGAUACUGAAAACGUAAAUUGUGGUGAGAGGAGUAGAUGGAGAUUCUCAAAUGUUCUUCAGCCGAACUUGAAGCCCCUGAAAGUACUGAACCACAGUGUGAGUGAUGAGGAUGUACGCGGCAAGGCUAGUUUUAUGAGGUCUAAGCCCCUUCGGAGCAAAUCCUCAGUUGGUAAAGUGAAACCCAGGCUGCAUAAACUACGUUUCAAGACGCAGCUUGUUCAUAGCACCUCACUCUUUGAUAGAUUUGACAAAGAUGGGGGCAGCGGCAGUGUGGCCCCCAAACGGCAAGCGAAAUCCAGAUCCAGACCUCUCUCCAGCCUCUUUGGAUGA